CAAAAUUUACAAGUUUACGUCAUAUUAGUUCUUAGCCAAUCAGCUUUAGAGAUGCUUGCGUUCAUAGGCAGCAUGUUGCGCUAAUCUACAGCAGUGAGAACAAAAGCAAACUGCAUGUGAGUCCAGUGGCGAAAGGACACCAACAAUUUACCAUCUUUUUACCAUCUUGAAUCAUGUCCGACUCCGAGAAACAACAGGAGGAGAAGCCAGAAGUUGCCGAGAAGAAAGUGCUAGCAAACAAAGUUACCGGCACAGUAAAAUGGUUCAACGUCAAAAGCGGAUAUGGCUUCAUCAAUAGAGACGACACAAAAGACGAUGUGUUUGUCCAUCAGACCGCCAUCGUGAAGAACAACCCUAAGAAAUAUCUGAGAAGUGUGGGUGAUGGCGAGACUGUAGAAUUUGACGUUGUUGCCGGUGACAAGGGUGAUGAAGCAUCAAAUGUCACUGGACCCGAUGGUGAGCCAGUACAGGGCAGCAAGUACGCGGCUGACCGUCGGCGCUACAGGAGGCGUCGAUACUAUUCUCGACGCGGGGAGGGCUCCAAAGAUGAAGGGAGCGGUGAUGGAGAGGGCCGAGGAGGAAGGCGCAGACCAUUCUGGCGUCGCCGUCGCUUCAAUGGUCCAGGAGGGCGUGGUCGUGGCAGGGGAAGAGGACGUAGAGGUGAUGGGGAGAAAGGGGAGGGAGAGGAUGAUAGUGGUGAGGAGGGUGGUUCAGGCAAGGAGGGUGGAGAGAGGAGAGGAGAGGGCAGUGAUCGACGUCCACGUAGGCGAUACUACCGUCGCUACUACAGGAAGAGUGGUGGAGAGGAAGGAGAUAAAGAGGGUGGUGAGAGCGGAGAUGGGGAGGGCAGUGAACCUCGUAAGAGAGACAGACCUUACCGUCGGAGGCGUGGGCGAGGUCGUGGGGGUCGUGGACGUGGUGGACCACGUAACCAAGGUGAUCGUGAGGCCGCAGGGGACCAGGGGGAUGAAGGAACAGGUGGCGGGGAGCAGGCUGGAGACAGCAAGCCCCCACCACCAGUCGAGAGUGCUGCACCCCCUGCAGCAGCCCCUGAUGGCCAAACAUCAGUGUAACCAGCAAACACCACAUUUACCAUCUAGCUAGAACACACACAAUAUAGCAGAAUAGCUGUAAAACAACAUCUCUUCAAUCAACACUGGACACUAGUAUUUGAAUGGAUAAUAUUGCUCAAUGAUGUGCUGUGGGCACAGUAUUCAGUUUUCGUUGGUUGAGUUGAUGUAAAUAAUUUUAUGAGCAAUUAAUGAUGAACAGUGAUAUGUUAUUACUUUUGUAGAAUGUUGUUUUUAUUUUAAUAACAGCUUUUUCCAUCUUUAUUAUUUAAAUGGCUAUUAUAAGAAUUUACAAGAUCUAUACAACCAGUGUGUAUAUCCAAUGAAUGAGUUUAAAGCAUGUGCUUUUCAAAAAAUAAAGUGCCUUGUUGGCCAUUCAA